AUCUUCUCCUUUGGACCGUAGUUGCACGGAAGCGUCUGAUUUUCGUUAUGGCUUAUCCAGGCUACCCUCCACCCGGUGGUCCUGGAUACCCACCAGCUGGAGGCGCUGGUUAUCCACCAGCAGGAGGAGCAGGCUAUCCACCUGCUGGAUAUCCACCUCUCGGAAAUGAAGGUUACCCUCCCGCAGCGGGAGGCUAUCCACCUGCGACAGGAUAUCCCCCGGCUGGGGUACCUGGGUACCCACCACCCCCCGGUGGGAAUAUUGGAUUUGGAGGAGGCUACCCGCCAGCCGGUCCACCAGGAGGAUAUCCACCACCAGGUGGUCCUCCUGGAGGUGCCCCUUUCGGGGGUCCUCCUCCUGGUGGAGCACCGUACGGUUACCCACCAGGUGGUGCUCCUUAUGGUGUACCUCCUCCGGCUCAACCACCAGCACAACCUUAUGGUCAAAGCUACGGUCAGCCUCCGCCACAAGCAUAUGGUCAACCACCAGCACAGAGUUAUGGUCAGCCACCGGCGCAGAGUUAUGGUCAGCCGCCAGUGCAGAGUUAUGGGCAGCCGCCAUCCCAUAGCUAUGGUCAACAGCCUCCUCAGCAACAUCCUGGUUAUCAGCAGGCACCAUCGCAAGGUUAUCAGCAGGCACCAUCGCAAGGUUAUCAGCAGCCUCCAUCGCAAGGUUAUCAGCAGCCUCCGUAUCAAGGUCAGACUGCUGCUGUGUCACAGACUUCUGCUCCUGCAAGCAAGGCUCCUCCUACUGCACAGAUGGCUGCCAUGAGUGUCACUCCGAAGGUAACGUUUCAAGGAACAAUCAAACCUGUUGCAAACUUUAAUCCUGAAGGUGACGCCGAGGUUUUGAGGAAAGCAAUGAAGGGCUUUGGCACUGAUGAAGCUGCUCUCAUUGGACUGUUGACUCAACGUUCGAAUGAGCAAAGGCAACAGAUCAGGGGAAAGUUUAAAUUGAUGUAUGGAAAGGAUUUGAUUCGUGAACUAAAAUCAGAAUUGAGUGGAAACUUGGAGGACAUGAUCUUGGCUCUUCUGUGGCCGAAGGCUGAAUAUGAUGCGUUUUCUCUUCGUACAGCAAUGAAGGGUGCUGGAACUGAUGAGGAAGUAUUGAUUGAAAUUUUGGCUUCUCGUUCUAAUGCUGAAAUCCACCAAAUCAAAGCUGCAUAUACUCAGCUUUACAAACGUAAUUUGGAGAAGGACUGCGUUAGUGAGACCAGCGGUCAUUUCAAGCGUCUGUUGGUCUCGCUGUGUCAAGGUGCUCGUGAAGAAAAUGAGACGCCUGAUAUGGCAAAGGCACAGAAGGAAGCGAGAGAUCUGUACCAGGCUGGUGAGCAAAAAUGGGGAACGGAUGAAUCUCGUUUCAACGUUAUCUUGGCUACACGCAGCUAUGCCCAGCUGCAGGCAACAUUUGAUGAGUAUGUGAAGAUUUCUCAACGUGACAUCUUGAACAGUUUGGACAGAGAGAUGUCUGGUGAUUUGAGAGAUGGAAUGAAAGCUGUGGUGAAGUGCAGCCGUAGCAGACCCCAAUACUUUGCCGAACGAAUCUACAAGAGCAUGAAGGGAGUGGGCACAGAUGACGCCACUCUGAUAAGAUGCAUUGUAUCUCGAGCUGAGGUCGAUUUAGUUCAGAUAAAGCAAGAGUUUCUGCGCGCCUACCACAAGACGCUGUACCAGUGGAUCAAGACCGACACGAGCGGAGACUAUCGUCGCGCUCUGCAGGCCGUCGUCGGGCAGAACUGAACGUUUCCGUUUUACUGAUCUGGAGUGAUGCGCUAGGUAGUGGAAUGUUUGCAAUGUCUGUCCGGUGGGCGCAUACUAGUUCAACGUUUCUGUUAUGGAUUUUUAUGUAUUUGUGUGGCAGUGAGAAAAACAUGGUCAGGAAAGCG